AUGGAUAACAAAACUUCUCCAUCACUUUUGACAUUAUCUGUUGAAUUGAUCUUUCGUAUUCUGGAUAAUCUUCAUGAAUCGACAAUUUUAUUUUCAAUGCGCAAUGUAUGUGCACAAUUAAAUACGACAACUGACGCAUAUCGUCGAUAUCAGGCAUUUACCACACUAGGUCUUACUAAUAAUCACUUCGGAGCUGACGGAGCACAACGUGUGGCUGAGGCAUUACGAAACAACACAACAAUCACGACACUGAAACUCGGAGGCAAUCAAGUCGGAGAUAAAGGAGCACAAUAUCUGGCUUAUGCGUUACGAAAUAAUACGACAGUCACCACGCUUCAUCUAAGCACCAAUCAGAUCGGAGACAAAGGAGUACAAGAUCUGGCCGAUGUAUUACGAAAUAAUGCGUCACUCGCCACAUUAGAUCUCGAAUACAAUAAAAUUUCAGAUCUUGGAGCAAAACACCUGGCUGACGCAUUAAGAAAUAAUACGACACUCACUACACUUUAUCUCGACUACAAUCACAUCGGAGCUGUCGGAGUACGAUAUCUAGCUGAUGCAUUACGAAAUAACAAGACAAUCACUAUACUAAAACUCAAAGGAAAUCAAAUUGAAGAUCGAGGAGUACAAUAUCUGGCUGAUGCAUUAAAAAAUAACACAAGACUCACCACAUUAGAUCUCGCAUCUAAUCAAAUAGGAACUAUUGGUGGACAACAUCUGGCCAAUGCAUUACGAAAUAACACCAGACUUACUGCACUUGAUCUCGCCUCUAAUAAAAUAGGACCUAUCGGAGUAGAACAUAUGGCUGAUGCAAUACGAAAUAAUACGACACUUACUACACUUGAUCUCAAAUACAAUCAAAUCGGAGCUGUCGGAGCGCAACAUCUAGCUAGUGCAUUACGAAAUAACACGGGCCUUACUACAUUAGAUCUUUCCUCCAAUCAACUGGAAGCUCUCGGAGCACAACAUAUGGCCGAUACAUUACGAAAUAACACGGUACUCACGACACUACAUCUCGAAUUCAAUGAAAUCGGAGCUGUUGGAGCAAAGCAUCUGGCUGAUGCAUUACGAAAUAAUACGACACUCGCAACACUAAAACUUGGAUGCAAUGAAAUCGGUGCUCUCGGAGCACAAGAUCUGGCCGAUGUAUUACGAAAUAAUACGACACUCACUACACUAGAUAUUUUCCUCAACGAAAUUGGAGCAGUUGGAGCACAACAUGUGGCUGACGCGUUACGAAAUAACAAAACACUCAUCACACUUAAUCUGCGCAAAAAUGAAAUCGAUGCUAAAGGAGCACAACAUCUGGGAGAUGCAUUACAAAAUAAUACAACGCUCAAGAUACUAGAUCUCUUCGACAACAAAAUCGGAGACAAAGGAAUAGAAUACUUGGCUGGUGCAUUACGAAAUAAAGCGAUACUCACCACAUUGGAUCUCACCUCGAAUGACAUUGGAGACAAAGGAGCAGAAUGCAUGGCUGAUGCAUUAAGAAAUAACACUACACUCACUACACUUUAUCUCCAAUACAAUCGAAUUCGAGACAAAGGAGCACAACAUCUGGCUGAUGCAUUACGAAAUAAUACAACACUCAUCGAACUAGAUCUCUUCAAGAACAAUAUCGGAAACGAAGGAGCACAGCAUUUGGCUGAUGCAUUAGGAGUUAAUACGACACUUAGCAGACUAAAUGUUUUCCUUAAUCCAAUCCAAGAUGGUCUUCGAAUUCAUGUGAAGGAACUGGUUGCGCGAAACAACCUGAAGGGGAAAUCAUGA